AUGAGCUCCGGCAAUGACGCGGUGUUCUUGCGCCGCAACAACCAGGUUCAAGAUGCCAUUGACUCGCAGAAUAUGAAGCAGGCACUGCAGCUCAUUGAGAAGCGCAUGAAGAAAGGUGAAAAUACGCAGUUUCUGAAGGCAAGUGAUCAUAUAAUUCAACCCCGCAGCCAUGUCUGGAAAGCCAAUAUUCUUUUCAACCAUGCGGAUGAAACCCACAAAAAGCGAGGCAUUGCGGAAACCGUACAGCUGUGCAAUGCAGAACCGGCCAUUUCGGAUCUAGACACUCUCGACAUACUCCACCGGACGCUACAGAAGAUGGACGACCACACCGAGCUUCGGAGCGCCAUAUGGGAGAAAGCAGCGAAGGCUAAGCCGCAGGAUCUCACACUUCAGAUGAGAUGGUUCACAUUAGGGUUUGAGGCCUCUGACUGGAAAUCCGCUCAGAAGGCUGCAAUGGGCCUUCAGAAAAACUUCCCUCGAGAGCGAAAGUAUUAUUUCUGGGCCAUCUUUUUGUGCCAUCUCAUUGCACAAGAUCCAACUAGUUCCGAAAUGGACCGCAAGCUUUUCGGGACACUUGCUUACCGUAUGAUAUCGAAGGCGGCUGCCGAGGUCCCUUCUAACCAGACCGAGUUGCCUAGCAACGCAAGAGCUCUUCAAUCUGGCGAGGACCUCUUCUUUCUUAUUCGGAUAUAUGAAUCACAAAACCGCUCGGCCGAGGCUGUACAGAUACUUGACAGCGAGAACACUGGCCUUGGAUCUCGUAUUGCCAACAAUGACCGAUUCUUGAUGUUAGCAAAAGUUAACAAUCUUGGGCUUGCUGGCCUCUGGAAAGAAGGCUAUUCAUAUGCGAAAGGUCUCCUCGCUGUACCCGAAGAUGAAGAAGGGCGCAAGGCUCUCAAGGAGCGGGAUGAUUGGAAGAUCUGGAACCUACUCAUCGCAGCUGCACGAAAAUUGACCGAAGACAAGGAAGUGAUUUCGGAUGCGCAGCAACAUAUCCAGAAGUUUAUUGAAUUCGACCCUAAAUCUCGAAAUGCGCAUAUUGCCCUCUUGGACGUAGUCCUUACCGGGCUGAAACGGGGUGAGCGCACAGAAGACGAUCUGGUUUCUGCCAUACAAAAUUACUUCGACCAACACAAGUCCAAACUCUAUGCUUUCCAGGACUUGCGAGGUGUUUUAGAGACCCGUGAGGCUUCUGUGGUGCAACGAGUAUCUCAGUAUUGCAUGGACAACGUCCAAGACAAACCAGAUGAUGCCGUUCCAUUGAUAAAUGCAUACAAGCUACAGUAUCAUGAACAAAUUGCUGGUAACAGCAAAGUGUCCAAAUCCAGCAUUGAGGACUUUGUCUGCAAAUGCCUUGAACUUUACAACAAAUUCACGCUUGCUGCGAAGGCCCAGAAUGCAGGGUCACAGGACGAGGGCAAUGGUGCUUCCGCGAUGGAAAGUCGUCCCACAGACGACUUCUGCAUCAUUGCCGCUAUGAGCAUUAUUCGCUCCAACCAAGUCUGUGAAUUAUCUAGUAGAGUCAGCAACACCGCUCUGAUUCGCGCCGCUGGCGUUCUGGAGCAGCUGCUGAUUGAUUCUCCGCAUAACUCCAAUGCGAUUAUGUUGUUGAUCCGCAUUUAUCUUCUUCUCGGCGCCGGCUCGAUUGCCCUGAAGAAAUUCAGCACGCUGUCUGUCAAACACAUGCAGUAUGAAACGGUCGCCCACAAUCUUUUCACCCGCUUCGCCUCGAUUCACCCACAUUCGGGGCCACCAAUUGAAGGUGCAGACUACAAGGAAUUUGAUCCCCAAGCUGCAUUUGUUAAAGCGCUCGAUUUCUACCGUUCUGUCGAUGUUACCAUCAGCCACUCUUUGAUCAGAGGGCUCGGCGAUGGGAGUUACGCCAACUUGGAGGACUCAAUGGAACUCCGCUCUCGUCUCAAGGACAGCAUUUGCCGAAGAAUGUGGGCACUCGAUGUACGACGAAUGCAAAGACUCAGGAGAGGGGAGCACUUGAGUCACCAUGAAGUUGUCGCCCAAACUGCUUCGUCGGCUCAAGACCAGCGUAAGUAUGACGCUUUCAUGAACUUGGAACGUUAUGAUAAACCCACGUUUGAGGAGCGAUUGCGCGUAGGCCCGCUUCCCAGUGAAAACUGGCUUUCAUCAGCCCGGGUUACUGACCAACUUUUCAAUGUUCUCGCAAGCAUCGGCCUUCAGAAGCCAGUCGACCUAGCCCUGGAGCUGCCUGUUGUCAGUGAUCUGUCGCUUUCUGAGGCUGAGAUUGAUCAGACAGCCGCUGAGAAGGAUGCAACUAAGAUCCACUCAAAAUUGCUCAAGGUCGCUCUGUUCAUGGCUGGAUCCAAGGCUCAUACCACUGCCCAAAUUGAAAGUGCACUCGGUGAAAUGGAAGUUUGGCUCAAGGACAAGAGACAGAGCCUAGCUUUGGAUGAGACAAAAAAGUCUGCCUUCAUCGCAGAGACUGCCAUCGAGUUCGUCCCAGGUACAACAGGCGCACCGACCUGGGAAUACUUCCACGCCAAUUGGACUCUUGUCGAGACCCUCAAGGCUAUGUGGAAGGUAAUUGAUCUCGAUUCUCGUAAGACAAUCAAGACUGCUAAGCUUCCAGUUGAACACUUGAAUCGAUUGCAUACUCUUGUUUGUGAAGUUUUCGAAGAUAUCCGCUCAAACACUCGAGCUUUGAAACAGGGCCUUAGCGAAUCGGCCACUCUUAGCACGUUGAUUGAUCUUGUCAACCAAGGUGAUCCGGCUGACGAAUAUGAGAAGCCCCUUCAAGAUGUCCUAAGAAAAAUGAUGGAUGAUUCUGCGCUCGAAGUGUUCUGCGGAGACUUAAGGGAGAGUUGGGAGGAGGCACUUGAUGGAGUGUUGGCUACCAAACUUUGA